AUGGCUGCAAUCACCCCCAAAGACCCUUACCGAGGCCCGCGCCAUCAAGGCGAAUACGACCGUCUUCGCACCCAGCAUAGUCUCGUCAAGACUGCUAUGCACGGAAAACUUCUUUAUUCUCCCGUGAACUUUGAUCAGCCCGAUCUCCGAAUUCUCGACUCUGCCACCGCUGAAGGAACCUGGCUGAUCGACCUGGCCCAAUCCACAUCUUCGACAGCCACACUCAUUGGCACCGAUGUUGCACCUCAGCACUUUACACCUAAAGACCAAAGGCCCUCAAAUGUGCAUCUAACAACCCAUUCAAUCUUUGAUAUCUGGCCGGAAGACUUCCAAAACAGUUUUGAUGUAGUGCAUCAAAGGUUCGUAUUAACAGUUUGCUCCGAUCAGGCCGCCCAAGAUGCGGUCAAAAACCUCUUGGCGUGUGUGAAGCCUGGUGGUUGGAUAGAGCUCCAUGAGGGGAAUAUGCUCUCAAUUCAGGAGGGACCUAAACAUCCGGCAUUUAUGCGAUUCCGAGACAUAAUGGUGAAAGCAUGGGCGGCUAUCGGGAACCAGCCGAGCCCCGGAAACUUUUUACUAUCCUGGCUGAAGGAAGCCGGUGCCGUUCAUAUACAAGAAGAGAUUCAGACCAUCGAGGUUGGUGCUGCGGCGAAGGAUAGAGACCAGGGCGAGAGGGCUGUUGCGGUAUUGCUUCACCUUUUGGACGGAAUGAAGAUGAUGCUAGGUGAUAAGCCAGGCCAACCGACAAAGGCGGAAUUUGAUGAGCUUCGAAUGCAGUUAGAGGAGGAGCUUCGAAGUGUAGGAAAUACCUACUGUUAUCAUUUGGUUUGGGCCAGGAAGUCCCUCGGGCAUUGA